UGUGAGGAAUGAAUCCGUUGAAAGCACAGAGACAUUAGUCAACACAGGGUAAAUAUGUUGAACUAGAUAAAAAUUGUGAUAAAUGACACUGUCCUCGGCUCAGCUCCGUUUGUUGGACUCAACUAACCGUUAUCACGGUUAACGCUACUGUGUUUCGUUCGCGAAAUUUAGCUAAACGUUAGCUUUUAGCUAACCUCAGCUAACCAGCUGACUGUCUCAACUCGGCUUGGUAAAUGGAUCCCACGGAGGACUUGUCUGCUCGGGUCCUGCUGACAAAUAUUCUCAGCACCGAGACACCCAGGACUCCCAUCACCCGCAGUGCCUCCAAAACACAGAGAAGCAGCACGACCAGAAGCAGCAACAGACUGAGCAAAAAAGAUGCUGGUGCCCAAACCCCACAGGACAUUCUUAGACGCAGCCUGAGACAUAAAUUACGAGAGAGUAUAACCAGGCAAUCCCUGCCUGCUCCUAAAAGGAGGACUACCUCAGUCGUGCUCAGAAAAAUAAACACACCAGCCACAACCUCAGUGCUGUUUGAUGAUGCAGACACACCAAGGCACAUACUUGGGAACAUCCUGCGGACAGAGCCUGCAAAGUCUCCUGUGGUUCAUGAGAUAGCUGCAUCAGAGGAGCCCGAGCCAUCAUCAGACGACUCCAACACUACAAGGAAGCGUCCUAGUAUUGAGCUGUCAGGGUUGGACUUGCCUGAUCUAACUAUUGGCAAUGUAGUGAGUACCGCAAAGGGACUGAGCAGGAAGAGACCACGUCGGAGCCUUAAUGUGACAGCUUUUGAAGAACGUCUUAAAGAUGGAGUAGAUGUUGAGGAGGAAAAUGAAGAAUCAACAGAUGACCAUUCGUCACUGUCUUUGUCAAGUUCCACUUCUCUGAGUCUAAAAACACCCUUUGUGGACGUUCGGACUGAGAAGAAGGGCUUGCAGAGAAGAGUUUCUAACCGUCGAAAAAUCACAGUAGAAGAAUUUGGAGCUGCUGUGAAUAAACGGGAGAUGGGGGGAGUGAGCAGUUUUAUGCAGGUGGAACGUGGCCUCAGUGAGACCGCCCACUCUGAGGGCUUCACUUUGGGCCUGAGCAAACUCAGUGAACCUGACAUCACGACCGAUAUCCUCCACUGCAACACGGCUCUCUAUGCCCAGCCUGAUGCCAUGACCUCCAGCUUUUCCAUUGUCGCAACUCAGGACAAACUGACGGUGAUGGCGUCUCAGCUUCAGAGGCAGAUGGAGCAGGAGGAGCACAUGGAGGUGGAGCAGAGCGAGCCGGGUAAAGAGAAGUCGAUGUAUGCAUUUCCAACUGAAGAGGGGGCUGAACCUCAGAGUGAAGAACGUUUUACGGAUACAGAUGCAGCAGAAUCUCAAAAGGAGGGAGAGAAAAGUACAGCUGAGCACCGUGCGAAUGAAAGGGAUGUUAGAGGUGAGUCUGAGGAAGAGGAGGAUGGGGUAGAAGCUCAAACAGAGGAGGAAGAUCCUCAAACAGAAGAAGAGGAAGAUGCAGCUGACUCUCAAACUGAAUGAGAGCAAGGUGGAGUUGACUCCCAGCCUGAAGAGGAUGUUGCCACCAUGUCUCAGUCUGAGGAAGAGGAGGUUGCAGCAGACUCCCACACUGAAGAGGAAGAAGAGGAAGGAGGAGCAGUUGACUCUCAGACUGAAGAAGAGGAGGAAGGUGCUGUCGAUAAUCAGUCUGAGCAGGACAUUGCAGAAAAUCAAAGUGAUCAAGAGGAUCCUGCAGCUACGUCUCAGUCUGAGGAAGAGGGUGAUUUGGCUGAUUCUCAACCUGAGGAUGAACACGAUGGGGAACUGGAGGAGGAAGAUGGUGAGCAGCCACCAGAACAGCUGGAACACAUCAGUCGAAGGGCUCAACGCUCUGAGGGUGGACUCAUUGUGUCCGUCACAGAGGCAGAGGAAGAUUUGGCAGAUGCCACAGAGACAGGAUGGUCCGAUGGCAAGUCCAAAGCACACAGCAGCCUGGGAAUAGGAGGCCAUGAGGGCGAUCAGCUUCAUAUUGAGGUCCCUGACUUGUCUGAGUCCUCAAACCCGAGACAGACCGACGCUUCCCACACGGAGGCCGAGCCCGACGCUGAUAAAGAGGACUCCUUUAAACUUCCAGAGGUGACACCAGAUACUGAAGACAGUGGGCACCUGAGUGACGAUUCACCUGAAGAAGCUGCUGCACAGGAUCCUGCUGAACAGGAGGAAGAGGAGUGGGAGGAUGAAGAUGAUGAGAAUGGUGAGCUCCCCAGCAAGACUCCAGCAUUUGUCAAACAGAAGAGGAACUUUCUCCAGGCUGAUCCUCAGGCCUCACCCUCUGUGUUAAAGAAUAUUCAAGCCAGCAGCAGCACAGGUGACGCUUCUCCUGCACCUAAGCCAAAGCAGGUGAGACAGAGGAGGAGAGGGCCGGCUAAAAAGGAGGCAGGCCUUCCAAAGACCUACCUAAUGGCCGUGUUCAAGCACUUUGCCAAAACGAAGGUGUCAGCAGAUGUGUACCCUGUCCUACAAGACAUAAUGGAUAAAUACUUCAGCCGGCUGGCUGAGGACUUGGAGACGUAUGCUGUUCAUGCAAAAAGAAAAACAAUAGAGGCUGAAGAUGCUGAGCUGCUGUUGAAAAGGCAGGGCUACGUGAACGACAGGGUACCAGUGGAAGUGCUCAUUGAAAAAUAUCUUCGCAUGGACCAGCGCAAACUCCUCAUCCCCAUAGCAACCAGCGGGAAUGUUGUCAUCCCUAAAAAGAGAUGAAUGUUUUAUUUACAGCUUCAUUUUGUCGCUACAUAUUUUACCUACACUGCGUUUGAUUUGGAUGAGUGAUGUCAGAAUAUAAAUGUUUCUGUAAAUGUGUAAAUAGUUGUUACUAUUAUCUUUAUUACUGUACUGUGUGGGGUCGAGUGUGAGUAUAUAUCUGUAAAUAAUAAAGCACUGGUUGGUUGACAACAGUGCUUUAUUAUCAGUUCAAUGGUGUUCAUUAUGUCUUAAGUUUCUGAUAAUGACUUUAGUUGUUCUCUUAUAUCAGACCUGUCAGGAUGUUACAUACCUUGACAUGCUUCGGCGGAAACUUUCGCCUUCCUCAGAAGUGUCACUUGGUGGUGGUUGUGAUGCGUCUUUAGCUGAUCUGAUCCCUAAUAUCGGCUGAUUGACAGAUCAGCUGAUAAAGACGCAUCACAACCACCUUCUGAGGAAGGCAGAAGUUUCCGCUGAAACAUGUCAAGGUAUCUAACAUCCUGACAUGUCUGAGAUAAAAGAACAACUAAAGUCAUUAGUGCUUUAUUAUCAUUUAAGAUUACAUAAGUAUGUGUGUACGUCAACUUUCUUCAUUUAUCCUGUUGUGCAUGAAGUGUGCAGGUGUCUAAAAU